CGGAGCUCAGACCUCACCAGCGCGCGCGCCCGGGCGUUAUUUCACCAGGAGCGUGGAACCGAAACCCCAGCGACCAUGAGCGCGCCGCCGAAAACCUCCAGGUUCAAGAAGAUAUUCCUGACCUCCAAGUCCAAGUCCCAGGAGAAGGAGGACGCGGAGAAGUGGGAGAGUUUCUCCACGAGCGCGCGUGCAGAAGCUUCACCACCCACCAGUCCGAAUGAAAAGAAGAAGACGAAGAAGAUGAAGAGGUUCGGCUCGUGGCGCUCCAAAAAGAAACCUUCCUGCGAGUCCUUCAGCUUCAGCGACGGAGGAGAACAGCUGGACUUCACAAGCAGCCAAAUGAGCUUCGAUCAGAUGAGCAUCAGGACAGAGGACUUCAGCAUGAGCGACGCCUGGUCCACCGUGCCAUCAGAGUGCACAUCUGUUAUCAGCCUGAACCUGUCUCCCUCGCAGCCCGUGUCACCGACACCACGUCACAGGAAGAAUUCGGAGGAAAAAGGAGGCGGCGUGCUGAACCGGGUGGUCACGUUCCUGUCGAGGAGGCGCCGGAGGACGUCGUCUGACGGCACCGAGGAAAAUGCGUCGCCUCUUUCCAGCCCGAGCAAGUCAGCAGACCUGAGGCAGGAGGGAGAAGAGUUCGAGCAGGGUUUCUUCUCUGAUAAAGGGAGCCCGAGCGUGCAGAGCGUGGCCUCCAUCGUAGCAGACGGAGGUGACCUUCCGUUCGCAGAUAGUGACAGCAGUGGCAGCGUGAGGAACUUGGCCUUGAAAAACAAAGACGAACAAGAGCUUCUAGUGGCGCAGGCGAGCAAGAAGCUCCGGGUGUUCCUGGAGGAGAUCAGCGUCACCGGAGAAGGAGCGGAGAGCCGGAUCACUGAGAAAUGCACAGAGAUUACGUUAAACUCCGAGGUUAGAUCUCCAGACGUCAAAAAGACGGCCCUGAAGCCGGUCGUGGGAGGACAAGGGAAUUACAGCGCUCUCACCGGGGUGACGCUGAGAUCCAAGUCCAGGAGCGAUUCCAGCUCUUCGGAUCAAAGCUGCACCGAAAGCAUGGGGAAGAAAACUUCAAGCAGGAGAAGACCCCGCAAGCUGAGCGGCGGCUCUCAAGAUCCUUUAAGCCCUACAAAACCUUCAUCCCCUGAGGCGGAGAAUGGGUCUGCUCAGGCCUCGCCCUCAUCUCUACAGGUGCACAAAGCCAUGUGGGUGGAAACGCACAUGGAGGAGGAAGGGAGCGAGAGCAGCUCAGUUGGUCAGGUCACACCCGUCCGACAGAGUCCUGUGCUGGGCCUCGUAGCUUCUCUCAUCGCGCAGGAUUCAGGCUCCGAUUCGUCGGUUUAUCAGGACGCCGUGGAAGUGAAGCCCGAAGAGGAACCGCAAGAGCUGAGUAAAGCCGAGAAACGCAGGAGCGUCAAGCUUUCCACCAGUGAAAAGUUCUUCGCCAAGAAAGUGUGGCUGAACUCGCAGUCGAGUCUGGACGGAGAACAAGAAGAGACGAGCACGACGAGCGCAAACUCCCAGAGCAAGCAGAAAUCUGAAGUCAGAAUUCUGCCAAGCCUCAAGAACGUCAGUGUGGAAAUCACAAAGCCUGACCAGCAGUCAUACGACUCUACCAGUGAAAGCGGGGAUGUGUUUAUAAAAGAGGAAGCUAACACAAGACACAAGCAUGAUGAUGAUGUAGAGAUUCCCUCAGAGCCUCUUAAUAACGUCUCAGAUCCUGGAGAGGAUUUGCUAGAGAUGCCUGGAUACAAGGAACAGAUCAGAGUUACGAGUUCAGGUGCUGGAAAUCGUCCGAACCUGGCUGCAGGGUCUAAACGAACAGUGGACAAAGCGAGCGGUGGAACAAACGGAGCGAGUGCUGGAAAAGGUCCAGCUCCGCCAGUGGCACUGAAGACAAAAGCCAGCGUGGGUCGAGUUACAAGCCGUAACUUCGAGGCCACGAAAGAGGAAAGUACAAAAAAGCCUACACAAAACGUCUCUGAGAAAAAGCUGAAUAAAUCUCCGACUACAAAAGAGCAGCCUGGUGUGUUUACUAAGUCUACAGACAAGUCAAAGAUUCCAAAGAAAACACCUCCUGAAAUUCUGCCAAAGCCGAGCAAAACACCAAACCCGAGCGUGUCACCCGAUGCGUCAGUUUCCUCUCCAGCUCAGACACGUGAGACUGAGAGAAGUAACUCCAGCUCGAGUAACAAUGUUACAAAACCCCGAGCGCCUCCACGUCAAUCAACAACUGAGACCAGCGCACCAGACCUAACUGUGGUGGAGGUUGUAGAGAGCAAACCCAGUCAGGCACCACCUAAACCACCUUAUCCCAAAGAACCGAAGAAAGAAAAGGAUUCCAAGCCAAUAAGCGCUGAGGAGAACCUGGAGCAGCCGUCAUCUCCUGGUGGGUCAGAAACUAAGGAUUCUAAAGAAGGUGCGAAGUCAAAGACACGAUCACAAACUCCUGCUGAAAAAUCUCCCAAAAGCAGACCAGUGAAAAUUUCAGUUAGCAAAAGCAAAGAUGUGAAUAAAACUGAAAAUGAGAACAAGCCUCGCACUCCUUCAGAGUCGGAGCAACCGGAAAAUAAGAAAGACAAAACUACAAAUGAAACACGAGCCGUUGGGCCAAAGGGCACAACAAGGGUGAAGGCUGAAGCUUCACCAACAGGAAGCAGGCUGCCUCGCCUGACUCCGCCCAGCACGCCAAAACAGCCUGCAGAGGACCAGCUCGGAGAAGAUGACUCACCCAAGCAACCCUCGCUUUCUGAUGCCAAGCCAGAAAGCGAUGAUUCAUCUCCAGUCAACGGUCCUCUAAGCCCUGCUGAACGUGACCAAGCUGCUGGGAAUGUGGUGGUUAAGGCUUCAACUGAAACCAGAUCCUCACCACGUGCAAAAUGUCCAACCAAACCUAAAUCCAGAAGGGAGGUGGAAAAAGUGAAAGCAGAUCUCCAUGCAGAUUCUCAGACUACACUCCAAGUAUCGAACCAGAAGCUGGACAAGGCAGAAAAUCUGAAUGGAAGUGUGGACGCAUCAGAAGUUAUUACUGACCUGGUAACUCAAACUGCUGAAGAAAACCAGGGCAAGUCCAAUGCAACUGAAGUCAAGGAUCAGAGAAUGAACCUGGAGAGUGUGAGUAUGAAGAACAGUGAUCCCACACCAGACUUCAAAACUCCACCUAAAAAGGAGUUAGAUGUUUCCAAAGAAGCUCAGGAAGUGACCAUAGAGACUACUUUAGAUCUUAAAACCCUAUCUGAAGCAUCUAAAAAGGAGCAGAACCAGGCUGGAGCAGACUCAGAAACUCCAGCUCAAGUGUCUGUACAGAAAACAGGCAAACCUGAGAAGGUGUCAAGUGUAGAUAAGAAGAUCAAGUUCAAAACAGUCUCAAAAUUAAGUGAAGAAGCUGCACAGAAGAAAGAUGAGACUGAUUCUGGGCCAGGUGUGGAUAAUAAGACCAAGGACCACAAAAUGGGCAUAGAUUUACCUCAGGAGGUUAAGAAGAAAGCAGGAAAAGCUAAAGAAGAGGCUGCUGAAAGUUCUGUAAAGGAAACCCAGGGCCAAGACAUGCAGAACGCAGAACCUACAGCGGAGUUCAGGUCAUCCCACGUGUCUGAAAAUAAACUGGAGAAUGUGGAACAAGUGCAGAGUUCGGAUAAAACCGAAGAUCAUGAUGCAGAUUCUAAACAGAAACCAGACAAAGCCAGAGAGUCACCUAAAGCAGGCGUGAAGGCUGUGGAGAAUACAGAAGACUUCAAACCUCAACUUGAUUCAUUUAACCAAAAAGCAAACAACGGUGAAGAUGUGAGCCAUACUCCAGAGUUCGCACCACUUCACGCAUCUCAAGAGGAAGUGGAAGGAGCUAUCAAGUUGAAGGAGGUGAUCGUUAAAUCUCAAGACCAUACAGCAGACCUGAAGGCUCAAAAUCAAACAUCUGAUCAUGUAAAUACUGAAAAGGUUGCUGAGGAAACAAAACCAGGAACAGAUGAGUCUGAACUUAUAAAGCCACUAGAUAUUGGUGCACCUCGAGUCAAAUCUGAUCUUAUCACCAAGGACACUUUACUUGUUGCAGAUCAGGAGAGACCAACUCCUAAAAAGGUGGACAAAAUAUCAAGCAAGCCGUCAGUGGGCAUCCAGGAAGAGUCCAAAGAUCUCAAGAUUGUAAACAUUCAGCAAUCUAAUACAGCAUCAGUCACACAGGAUGCACCAAAAUCUGAGCGUGAAGAACUGAGCGUGAGCGGUCUUGCAGUAAACGCUUUGUCUAAAACCUCAGAUGCAGGAGGUCACAAGGAGGCAGAAGUUCCUACACCUCCUCAAGACCUCAAGGACGAACUAAAAGUCUCUAAGUCCUCCAUUACAGAGGCUCCAGCUAAGGUGCAAGAUGCAGAAUCUGUCAAGGAGGAAACCACAAGGAAACCUGUUACCAAAACGAAACUGGAGCAUCUUCAGCAUGGAGGUCAGAAGCCUGGCGUUAGGAAAGCAGAGAAACCAAAAGGUACAGAGCAAGUGACCUUCCAAACCGAGGAAAUGACUGAGGUUAAAAAAACCAGCACCAUCAUCCAGCAACAGAAUCUCGACCCCAAGAAAUCUCAGAAUUCCCCAGACUCAGAGAAAUCAUCUCCUCCAAAAAUGACCGCUAAGGACUUUCUUUUGGUUUCGAAACAGUUUUCGAAAAACGAGUCUCCAUCGAGCUGGCUAGAUGUCGACCAGGGUUUUGAAAAGAAGCAAAAUAAAAUGGAGAGGAAAAUGGACUGUUCGGCCAGUGACGAAAGCCUCCUGGAAACCUCGGACGAUUCGGAAGACUUCAUACGCAAAAUCAAAGAACUCUGCUCUCCUUUUUCUUUUCCUCCUAAGAAGCACAGCAAGUCCAGGAUGAUUUCACCUCCGUUUGCCUUGCCUGCUAUUAAAGAAGAUCACUUUGAGAAAACCUUUGAUCCUGAGGAGUUUAAGUUUGGGAUUAGGAAAACCACAGGCCCAAAAGAUCCCUCUCCGGCCAUGUUGAUCAAGAAGAAAAGCGAAGAUGUGAGAAAUAAACAGCUUCUGAAACGCAAAGGAACCGAAGACAGUAUGAUCUUUAAAGCGUUGGCCUCCAGGCGAGGACAAGACAAAGACAAAGAGGAAAAGACGGCAGACAAUAAGGAGAAUGGAGCAGAUCAAGGAAGUGCUGAAACUCCUGCAAAAGUGUCUUCACGGUUAGAAAGAAUGUCCAUCCUUUCAAACCUCAUGAACACUUCUAACUUACGGAGACCUCCAAAUGAAGCUUUUUCCAGUGGGUCCUCGUCUCCUACAGCAUCCCAACAAGUUCUGACAUCAGAAGACAUGAAUGUGACGACGUCUGAAGUUGCACCCCAGGGAAGGGCAGAAGAGGACUUGACGGAUCUUGUGAUACCUCCUGGAGUUCCUGGUGAUUCACCGAAGAGUCCACUGACUCCUCCGCCUCUUCCAAAUUUCUCCGAAAUCAAACUUCAAGAUGUUCUGGGGAAAUCCCUGAAAAAGGAUCAAGAAUCUGACAAUUCAGGUGGCUCUCAGAGCCUAGAAGCAUCUUCUGUGUUCACGGGAAUCCCGAUGGAAGUCAGUUCUGAAGCCCCUGACACAAACACAGGUCUGAACAAGCUUCCGGAGCCUCCAGCAUCAAUCUUUCCACGCAAACCACCAGAACAACAAACCAAAUUGCCAUCACUUGCACACACUCAGAUAACAACCGUCAGAGAGUUUCACAAGCGACCCGGGAAGCUGGUCAUCUUCCAGCGAGCCGAGUUCGGUGGCGAGGCGUACGAGGUGUUCAGGGACGUCGAUGACGCUACGUCGUUACAGCUCUCGCCUGUUAUUUCUCUGAAAGCCAUCAGAGGAUGUUGGCUGCUCUAUGAAAAACCAGGAUUCCAAGGACGGAUCAUCGCACUGGAGGAAGGGCCGACGGAAUUGGUGAACGAGUGGGCGGAGCCGGAACCUAACCAGGAAGUGGGUCCAGACGGGAUUCCCAUUCCAAACAAACCGAUGGUGAUUGGUUCCAUUCGUCUGGCUGUGAGGGAUUACAGCCUGCCGAGGAUCGAGAUCUUCUCAGAACCUAACGGACUGGGCCGGCUGUCCUCGUUCUGUGAUGACAUAAUCGAACUCGGUACCUUCGGGCGUCCCCACAGCGCUGGAUCCAUCAAGGUCCACUCCGGAGUUUGGCUAGUGUUCAGUGAUCCGGAUUUCCAGGGUAUGUUGUCGGUGUUGGCUGUAGGAGAGUAUCCGUGUCCAGAGUCGUGGGGUUUUCACGAUCCCUUCGUCGGAUCUUUACGUCCUCUCAAAAUGGGUGGAAUCAAGGUGGAAAAUCCUCACGAAGUGCGGGCCGUGUUGUAUGAGGAUCCUCAGUUCCAGGGCUCCUGCCUGGAGAUUGACACGGACAUGCACAACAUCUCUGAGGAAGAUGAGGAGGAGUGUGAAGGUGAUGGGCCGAACACAGACCAGAAGAAGAAGAAGCUGACGUCGAUCGGCUCUCUGAAGAUCCUCAGUGGCCUGUGGGUGGGCUACACAGAGCCAGAGUUUGAGGGUCGUCAGUACGUGUUGGAGGAGGGUGAAUAUGUCGACUGCUCUGAUUGGGGAGCUGGGGACACACUGCUCUCACUCCGCCCCCUACAGUCGGACUUUGUAUCUCCUCAGCUGAAGUUGUUCACUGAGUGUGAUUUCAGUGAGAGGAGUCUGACUGCUGACCUGCUCGUCCCCGUCAUGGCCAUGGAGGAGACGGCGUACGGUAGCAAGUCCCAGUCCGCUGAAGUUGUCUCUGGAGUAUGGGUGGUGUUUGAAAACCCUGCGUUCUCCGGUGAAGUGUAUGUGUUGGAGAAAGGGCUCUACUCGAGUCCAGAGGAUUGGGGCGCUUGCAAUCACAAGAUCUCCUCCAUCCAACCCGUGUACCUGGAUCAGACCGCCGGACUGCCGAGGUUCAAGGUGCAGUUGUUCUCUGAACCCGGGUUUCUUGGUGAUCAUCUGGUCCUGGAGGAGAGUUCACCGUUCCUACCAGACGGAUUUCACCCUCGCUCGUGUAAAGUCCUGGCUGGAAGCUGGGUGGCGUUUGAAGGCCCUCAGUUCACAGAGAACAUGUACGUCCUGGAGGAAGGAGAAUACUGUAACACUAUUGUGAUGGGCGGAGCCUCCACUGACUGCAUCAUCCAAUCACUGCACACCAUCGGCCAUGAGUUUUCUCUUCCCUCCAUCACUCUGUUCUGCAAGCCGUGUUUCAGGGGGAGGAAGGUCGUGUUGACGGAUGGCUCCUGCAGCCUAUCGCUGAGUGGAUUCGAUAGGCGGAGUCAGUCUCUGGUGGUGAACGGAGGAAUGUGGGUGUUAUAUGAAGGGAAGAACUUUCAUGGCCGUCAGCUCUUACUGCAGCCCAGCGAAAUCGGCGACUGGAGGAAGUUCAGCAGCUGGAAGCAGAUCGGAUCUCUGCGUCCGUUAAUACAGAAGCCUGUGUAUUUGCGGCUGCGCAGUGCAGAGACGGGGUGUGUGAUGUCUCUCUCCGGGUCUCUGGAUGAGAUUAAGUUGCUGCGAGUGCUGGUGCUGGAGGAGCACGGAGGAGAUGAGCAGAUGUGGCUUUACCAACACGGCCUGCUGCGCUGCAAGAUGUUAGAGGACUGCUGUUUGGAGCCCUCAGUGGGGAUGAUCAUGCCUGGGUCUCGUCUCAGCCUUUCUCCUGAAGAGGGGAACGACAACCAGUUCUGGAACAUCACAGCUGAUGGUCUCAUACGUUCCAACCUCAAACCCGACCUGGUGCUGGAGGUCAAAGGUGGAUCUCAGUACGAUAAAAACCAGGUGAUCCUGAACACGUACGACGAGCAGAAACCCAACCAGAGGUGGACGGUGGAGAUCCUGUAGCCCCCUGACGUGUAGUGAGGACUGUGCAAUAAUUUCUCCUCUCCCAGCGGGCCCUGUGGUGCAGCUCCACCACUGAGCCCUGUAAGCCUUACGGCGCAGCUCCGCUAAGAGGACUGACUCUUACACUUCGAGAGCUCACUCCUAGAUCCUGGACGUGACCUGUCUUUUUCUGAAGAACCUUCUACCUUUAACGCUCAUCUGUAACGUCAUAUUACAGUACAGCCAGCAGAGGGCGCCAAGACCCUGCCCUGAUCUUCACGUCAUGGUCUCCAGUGUUAAAGCAGAAACGAGGUGUUGGGAGUGUGUGUGUGUGUGUGUGUGUGUGUGUGUGUGUGUGUGUGUGAGAUGUAGUGAUGCUGUUCACACUGCCUGACUUUUAUAUUCCCUCUCUGUCAUCUCACGUCUCUUGUACAUUUUCUUUUUAAAGUUGUAAACAAUUCUCAUAUUUUAUUAAGAAUAAAAUUUUUCAUGUCACACUGCA